CAUUCGUGAUGCCAUAGCUCAGCAUCUCUCCUCCUGGCCACUAGCAUUGUGUGCGAGAUUGCUCGUGAGACACAGAUUAUCCUCAAUACCUAGGGCCCCGUGCCAAUGAGCUAUGCCUGGUUUAUCACUCGACAUUCAACACUUGGUCAAGUCACUGGGCAAGGCAUCAGUACCGACUCGGCACACUUCCCAAAGCGCUCUCUUAGGCCUUCGUUUAAAUGUCCCAUUUUGGCACUCCCAACUACCUCUCACCACACGAUGCCUAUCUUUGAGAGGCAGAAUUUCCGAUUCGGCCGGUCAGAGAGCAAUGCCGGCUCUGCCACGGUAUCUGUAGGGCCCGAAAUCAUCAUUGCCGACUGGUUGCUGGUCUGCGUGUCGGCCUUGUUCUUCGGCCUCCGCAUUUACAGCAAGGUUCUGCGGAAAACAUCUCUGUGGUGGGACGAUCAUGUUCUCGUUACCGCUUGGCUUUGCCUCAUACUCGAUGCCAUCGUCAACACCAUCAACAUUCGUCUUGGUUUUGGAAAACACAGGGAUACCAUAAAGGCCGACCACCUCAAGCAUAUCAACACUCUUACGCACCUCUCCACCACGGUAAUGAUGCUAGGUGCCGUCUGGAGCAAGACUUCCUUUGGCCUGACCGUUUUACGCCUUAUACGGGACCGACCAAAAAUUAAAGCACUGGUCCUGGUCAUCAUUGCAACAAUGAACUCGUUCAUAAUCUUCAACGUGAUAGCGGUAUGGAUACAAUGCCGAGUUGACGAGCAUGGAAAUGAAGACGACGAACCGAACUGCCUGAGCAUUAAAUUCACGGCUUCUUCCAUGAUAUUCGCUGGAAUAUACUCGGGUCUGAUGGACAUCGUGCUUGCCAUCUUGCCCUGGUGUCUGAUAUGGGACCUUCACAUGCAACGAAAAGAAAAGAUUGGGAUCGGUGUUGCCAUGAGCAUGGGUCUCUUUGCAGCAUGCACAGCGUUCGUCAAAUGCUCCAUGGUUCCGGAAAUUAUACACGGUGACUUCUCUUACCACGGGUACAGACUCAUCAUAUGGGGCGCUGCCGAAGUAGCCACAACCAUCUGCGCGGCCUCCAUUCCACAACUCCGCGUGUUAGCCCGCGAGGUCGUCAUCAUCACGCAUCGGAGGCACGAAGAAAGCACCCACGGGCAUCAGCUGCAAGAGCAGCAUCAUCACAUGGUCGAAGCAAAACACACUGAAACAAGCCAAGAUUCUGGUUCUGGUUCUGGUUCUGGUACUGGUUCUGGCUCUGGCACUGGUGCAAUUGAUACACCAGCGGCAGUACCACUUCAGCCACACCCAUCAAUGACAACCGGUCAAGUGGCCUCCUCCAGGUUCGCACCCACAUUCGCGGCGGCCACGAUUAAUCCUCCAUCGAACUCGAGCGUUAGCAGCUAUACCGGGCUGCUUAGGGGUACCUCUGAUGCUGGGGUUGGGGUUGAACGGAUCCAAAACAAGAGCAGAAAGCAGGAGCGGGAGCGGGGUAAGGACGGACAUGUACAUGGACGUCCACAAACAAAUAAUGUUCCUCGGGGGAUGAUGGGGGGUUUUUCGGAUGCAGGAGGUUAAGGUUCAGGUACAUGAUAUGGUGGGAGACCCACACGACCUCGAUCUGGGGCAGACAUUGUAAUGAAAAGUAAAACAAGGCAAGCUAGGAAAAUCAAAACUUGAGGGGUGGGAAGGAAAGAAUGGGUCGUCGAGUUGGAGGGGAAGGAAAUAACAUGGUAUAUAUAUCACCGGGAAACGUCUUAGGAU